UCUCCAAUUCCCUCCUGACUGCCCUGCAAUCUCCUAGAAACCCUUGCAUUGUGGUUGUGGGGUUCCUUGCAGCUGGCUGCUUAUUCCUCCAUGCACGCCUCUAGAGUCACCACCUUCGUGUUUGUUUUCCCGGCCACGUCUUGAACAUCGUUCGGAGCUAAGCUGGCUUGAGGAGGAACCUGCAUGGCAGGAUGGCAUCCACUGCUGAUUCUGGUGGUCCGCUGAGGGAGUACAUGCCAGAUUCGUCUCGAGGCUCCCAGGACGGUGCGAACGAGGCUGCCCGUGUCACCAAUGGAGGAGCACCAUCUACUCUUCCAUCCCCUCUUACUGAAGAGCUUGGCCAAGGCGCUCAAGCGCCUGGAUUCACGAGCUCUGAAAUCAACAGUUCUGGAAGGCCUUCUAAUGGCGUUAACGGGAACAUUUCACGAGAUCCUAGCUCUCCCUCUCCGCGAAACCAGCUAACAUUCACAACGGAUAACAGAUCUCCUACAGGGCAAGCCAGUGCCAAUAUUCCGGAGGCAUCUUCCUUCUUGGCCCUUAUCCAGGCAGCAGACGCUCAGGGGGGAGGAGCGGAGACUAUCACAACAACACCUGCUACGACAUCCCCUGCUGCUGAUGGGAGUAGGGGUCUCAAUGUUGGAUCUGCUCCUGCAGCCUCGGAAGGCCUGAGGGAUGUGACAAUAUCGGGGCUGCACGACGUGACAAUAUCGGGAGCUGACAAUCUGAACGUGAGGCGGAGGCUGUUUGUUGACUCCGUUGGCAGCCCCCGAGGCCCUCGCCGCCAUCAUGGCGUGCUCUCCCCACCCGUGACAGGAGGUGGAGGAGGAGCAGCUGGAGCGGGAGCAGGAGGAGGGGAGGCCACAAGGCGACAGGCCGGGAGAAGGAAGAGGUUAUUGCCCAGCGAAGAGGAACGCAUGAGAGCGUUCGGAGAGAGCAUUCAUUGGCGGCUGGAGGGCAUUGAGACGUCAGGGAAAGCGCACGAGUUGUGCCUAGACCUGGGCUCCGACAUGCGCUUCCUCAAGAAGUGGCUUACAGCCAACAACCCCAAGACGGGCACCUCUAACGUCGAGCCUCUGUCUCAAGACCCCGCACGGCAUUUGUGGGACAUCAGGCGGCACGCAACGCCCACUGGGUUCAAGGACCGCAGCACGCCAGGAGUCAUGCCCGAGUUUCCCUCCGUACCAGCGCCAGGACUGGCAGGGAUAACGCCAGGAAUGCUGCCCGGCGCAUAUUUCACUGGGGUCCGAGACGGCCCCUCGGCAUCCGAUCCUGCGGGGAGAGGUUUCAGUUUGCUGCAAGAGUUGGAGGCAGAGACAGCAGCAGCAGCAGGGGGGCAGCAGCAGCAGCGUGGCAGCAUGGUGCAGGCCAUGCAGGAAGCUAUGGAGGAAGACGCCCCUGGCGGCUCCAACCCCUUUCACUGGCCCAUGGGGCAUAGACCCGCCGGCUAUGGGGCAUCUUCUCUCGACUACCCAGCUCACCUGUCGGGGGUGGGGUAUGGAAUGGGGUCAGCAGCUGGAGGGACCAUGCAAGGCCUUGACUUUCUCAACUUCCCACAGCUUUCAGGGAGGUCGCACAGGCAGGGAGCAGGAAGAGGGGACGACCCAUGCGGUAUGAUGGGGGCAUCGAGAGGGCUGUCUCAUAGGAUGUUGAUGGACGAAGGCCGGAUGCUCAUGGGUCAAGAGGAGGCUGGCGUGGAAGGGAUGGGUGGAGCUGGCAUGAUGGGCUACCCGCAGUACCACCAUGGCCUGGAGCCAUCGCCGCUUACCCGCACGUCCUCUGGCCACAUCAUCAUGCCGCCCAGCCACGUCAGCAUGUCAGAGAGGGCAUACCUCCAGCAGCCAUCUGCCACCUCGUUCCAGAGCCUCCUUACCGCCCCUGAGAGGACGCUCCUCGAAUGGCCUGACAGGGGUCUCCCUUUCGACACGGGCCCACCUUAUGGUGGUGGUGGUGGUGGGGGUGCUUCCAGUGCAGGCCUGACUGACUCCAUGCUGUGGACUGCCGGUUUGCACAAGGACCUGGGAGGCACAGCCAAGAUUGGAGGAACUGCCGGGGUGGGAGGAACAGCAAUGAUGGGUUCUGGGGAAACUCCAGCGGCUGGGAUCCAGGCACAGCAGCAGCAAGAGGGGAGUCUGGAGCAGCAGGGUGAGCUGGGGGGCACCAGCAGGGGCGAUGGCGGGAAACUUGCUGAAGCAGGGGGUGGUUCAAACGGAGCACAUGCUGGUGGUGCAAGGGGGGAUGGGGGGGAGACGCGGGUUGGAAUGGAGGGCAGCGCUGGUGAGGGGGAUGGUGCAGGGGCAGCAGAGGGGGUGGGAGGAGAAGCAGCGCUGCAGAGGUCAUCUCGGUUGCCCCCAUGGAUGAGGAAGCAGCUGGAGCAGUCAGGCAGAGCCCUUGGGGGCGAUCCUUUCCGUGUGUCAUCCCCUCGGAUCGCCUCCUCUCCGUUCCUCUCCUCCCAUUUCUCCACCCCUCUCUCCUCUCCUCACCUGCCUUCUCCCAGCUUCGCUCCCGCCCAAACCUCCCCGUUCUCUUCCCCGUGCCUCUCCCACCUUCCCCCCCCCCGCCUGCCUAACUUCCACCGCCUCUCCAUCUCCAUCCCGCCCAGCCCUCCCCCCUUCGGCGCACACUCCCCCAUGGGCGCAUAUUCCGCCAUGGGCGCACCUUCUCCCUCCCCCAGAACCCCCAGCGCCUCCCCCUUCCCCUCACACUCCCCCUUCUCUGGGGGCUUUCCUUCCGCCGGCGCCAACCCACCUUCCCUGGUGAGGCUCUCCCCGAGUGUGGCUGCGAGCAACCGCAGCAGGAGGAGGGCCGCCUUGCGUGCCCACCAUCUAGGGGCGCACAUACCGGGUAAAGGGCGGCACGGGGGAGGGAGGGGCGGAGGGCAUGGGGGGUCUCUGGGGUCCCCCAAGAGGAGUGGGCGGAUGGGGCAUCAGAGGAUGAGGAUUCAGGAGAUAUCGGGGAGUUUGAAUGCGGUUGGGGAUGGGAUGGGGCACGGGCAGGGGCUGCUGGGUCAGGUGCAGCAGAUGAGUCUAGUGCAGCAGGCAGUGAGCGCGCAUGUGAGUGGCAGCAGCAGUGGUGGUGGUGGUGCCAUCGGGGGGAGCAGGCUGCGCCCACAGGCUUCACUCACUGAGUCGGAAGGAAGGGAAGUCAGGGCCUUGUGUUUGGAGCCGCUAACCCGCAGGGGGUCUCUUACCCGGUCAGAGGGGGAGGGCAGUGGCGGCAGUGGCGGCAGCAGGGGCACGGCACUGCCACGCAGGAACGCGAGCAUGGGGGCCAAUGCUGACGUGGCAGGGACUGCUGACGUGGACGGCGGUGCUGACAUGGACUCCAAGUCAGGCGGCUCAGCUGGCAGCACGCCGAAGCAGCUGCAAGGCGUGUCUCAGGACCUCUCUCCAGCCACCGGCACUGGGUUCCGAGGAUAUGGCUCCAAGAGCAAGGCCUUCGGCAUGCUGUUUGAGAAGCUGCUGACGGCCAGCGACACGAGCCACCUGGGGCGCAUCGUGCUGCCCAAGGUGCCAGCAGAGCGCUUCCUGCCGCACGUGGAGAGCAAGGAGGGCAUUCUGAUCAUUGUUGAAGACUCCAUCGGAGGCCAGUGGUGCUUCCGCUACAGGUUUUGGCCCAACAACCGGAGCAGGAUGUACGUGCUGGAGCACGCAGGGGACUAUAUUCGCAAGUACGGUCUCACAGCAGGAGACACCGUCGGCUUUUACCGCUCCGAGUUCGGCCAUCUGAUGCUGAAGGAACAGAAGGCACAGCCAACAGUGCUCGCAGCUCCUCCCCACGUCGCCAGCCCUUCCCUCCUCACCGCCCCCACCACUCCGGCUCCUGUCCUCGCCCUCUCCACCAAUCCGGGGCCACUCUCUGCUGUCCCCAUCACCACCCGCACCACAGCUCCUGUCACUAUUUCUACUACCCCUUCCGGGGUCCCUCUAUCCUCUCUGCCUGCUGUGUCUAGCAUCACACAGGACAGCCUACCCCAGUUACCACCUCCCCCUACCGCCUCCUCCUCUGGUUUCCUGCACCCGCUGCCUCUCCCUCACUCCCUCCUCCUCACUCAGUCUCUCCCCCUCCCUCACUCUAUCGACCGCUUCCAGGGGAGCAUGCAGGAGCAGAUGGGGAGUGAACAGAUGGGGAGCAUUCUUCCUGCGCACGUCCCUCUGCAGAUCGACCACCAUCUCCCCUCGCCCCUCAGGCACACACCCCGCCCUCUCAGGCUACUCUCUGUGCCUUCCCUGCCUCGCACCCCCACACUGCCACCUGAUGCCGAGGGAUUGACUGCUGCUGCCGCGGGAUUGACUGCUGCUGCCGCCGCCACUUCUGCUGCUGCGGCCAAUGCUGGGGGUGGUGUCGGUAGGAAUGGAGGUGCGCAGGGGGGGUACAGGCCAGAUGCGGUGCAGAAAUCGGUGGGUGAAGCAGGAGGGGCCAUUGGAGGGGCACCAGAGCAGGCACAGGGGGUGGCAGAGAGAGGAGUGGCCGAGGCAAGUUUGAGUGGUGGUGCAAUCGCGGACUUGAAGGAGGGGUUUGAGGGAAGCUGGCAAACGGCUGUUGCCAUGGCGCUUCUCCCCGGCGACCGUGGUUACGAGGAGCCUAAUCGUGGAUUCGGGGGGCGAAGCAUUGGAUUUGAGGAGCUUAGCCACGGCUACCACGCAGCAAGUGGCUGCAAUGUGCAGGAUCAGGGUACUGCAGUUGUGGGCCAGUUGCAGCUCCAUGGAGAUCUGGUUGGAGGAGUGGAGAGGGGCGGAGAGAAGGGCAUGGAGAGAGGUGGGCGGGCGAUGGACGAGGCGGAGUUCACAGGCAUGGGCCCCGGACUGGGGGAGACAGAAGCAGAGCGGCCGGCGCAUAUGGGGAAUCAUCUGGACGCACUUAUGGAGGAUGCAGAAGCAGAGGAGGCAUUGGGUUUGCACCAGCAGCCGUUGCAAUGCAUGGCACCCCCUUUGCCAACUACCGGAGUGGCACUUGAACGAUGCUCUAGCCUUUCAACGACAGAGAAGUGUCUCGAGAUGCUUGAUGCUGACAGUGCUCGUGGGCACUAAUGCAUACUGCUAGAGUGAAAUGGCACUGCAUGUGAUGCUGCCUAAUGUUGAUGCCUCAGGGAUAUUCUGACAGCGAGUUGGUAGGAGGUGUUUCUUCAAGAACCAUGUGUUGUACUAACCAUGUAAUGGGACAUAACGAGC